AUGCCGCCCAACAAGGAAACUGCGGUCCGCUUCGUCGACUCUCACCCUUUCCCCUCCAGCAAGCGGGAACAGGAGCUGAUUCAAUCUGCAGCCCGGUCUCAUGCUGCAACUGUGUCCCACCCAAAAUACAGAAAGCAGGCUGCUGAGCAUACAGACGACGAAUCCAGUGGUGCAGCUCUCCCUGAUUCUUCAGAGCCAGCUUCGAGCAUAGAAGCAAACCCCCUUCCACCAACGCGCAACACUGACGCCCCGUCUGCUCAGAAAUCCUCUCGACAAAGUGCUAAAUCCCGGCAGAAAUUCGACCAGCACGGCCAACUCUUCCACAGAUAUCGCAUCGUCACGCAGAGAAGUAGAGGAAACUCCAGCAGAGAAGCCAAUGUCGGACGCAAGAGAAGGGAGGUUCAAGCCAGGCGAGAUGGAAAUCAGUUGCAAGUGGUUCCACAGAGUUCCAUCCCCAUCUUCAAAGGAAACACUGAUCCAUUCAAUACAACGGUCAUACCGGUCAGUGCGCUUGAGCACCUGUUACUUCAACAGGCUCGAGCACAAUCCAUGUUGAACACCUGGCCCUCCGAGAUAGCCCUACGUCACAAUCACGGUGCGCUCACGGCCGAAUCCUUGAAGAAAAUGCCAGCUUUCGUCUCCGACAAAGCUUCUAGUCAUGCAAUCAUCUCCCACGCCUAUUACAGCAGCGGCAGCAGGCUGAGGGUCCGCGGCCAGCCGUUUGAGCAGACAUUGGUACACGCAGAGAAACACAAAUUCCAGGCCCUCAGAGAGUUGCAAAAGUCUGUUGAGUCACAGUCACAGGCUGGAGACACGGCAAAGUUGUGGAAAAUUUUUAGUUCCUGCUGCUGGCUUGGAGCAGCCGAGAUGCUCAGCGGCAACAUUCAUGCCGCAAUUGUUCAUUUGACUGCCUCAAAGAAAAUCGUCGAUUCCUUGGGUGGCUGGUCAGUUGUCGGGCGCAUGGAGAAGGAAGUUCUGCUUGGUGCGGUCGUUCUCCUUGCUACAGCCAUACGUUCUCGCCCGGUGUUGGAUAUUGGCGACUUCGACCCCGGGCCGUGGCGUUCACACAACUGGGCGACCAAGUUGAAAGACUCGCCCGCCUUGCUGCAAGACGUGGAGAACGCUUUCCCUGAAACUGCUCCACCUGCAAUUUCUGGCCCGACCACUGUUUCCCCGACCCUAAGAGCGAUAUUCGCUGACAUCAGGGAACUUCUGGCAAUCGAAGAGCUGAAAUUCAAAUAUGCGACCUCGAAAUCCCCGGGCGCUUCGGAGAUUUUCCGCUGGUCUCAUGCUCGCAAAGUCGCAGUCCGAGCUCGCUCCCUGCACUAUUGGUGCGACUUGCUUGAAGCAGCGAAGAAGGAUGGUAAGCCCAUGACCACAAUCUACGCGCCUGGCAGCGUGCCAUCGCAAGUCGCUUUUGAUUUCGAGGUCGCAUUAUGCCUUGCUAUGCGCUGUUUUGACCGAUGCAUCUUCGAAGAGCACUAUCAACCUGGCGGCGUCUACCGUGAGGCCAAACGUUACCACGCGGAAAUGACUGCGGUUAUGGAAGCCCUGCGGCCUGCGGCCGAAGACUUUUCUGUCGUCCCAAGUGACCACACCCAAGACUUGCUGUGGAUCUAUUCCAUUGGAUCGUACGUCGAAGACGUUUUCAUGCGUCCAGAACUCUCCAAGAAGGAGGAUCCGGUGCUGCCGCAGAGACGCUUUUUCAGCACCCGGUUCAGCUAUUUGGUUGCGGCAAACCUCGAAUUUGGCAGCUUUGACGACGUGACAACAUUUCUGAUGGAUAAUUAUCUUUAUUACCCCCGGCUGCAGGACGACAGUUUGAGGAAACUGAUCGAGUUCUGA